CGCAAGCGGCGGGACCGACCCCGCGGCUGCGCGCAGCGACCGCGCCCGGGAACGGCGACGGCGCGGCCCGGCCGGAGGGAUGGAUGAGCGCUCGCAGCCGUGCUGGGCCCGCCCCUGCGCCGCAUGCACUGCCCUGCGUGCCGGGGCCAGGCGCAGAGCCGCACUGCAGACUGGGCUGGACACAGCAGCAGCAAUGCUGCAGCACUGGAGGAACUGGACCCCAGCAGUGGCAGGCAGCCGCGAACAGUGUGCACCCUGCAGGAGGGGGAGAGUCGUAUCUUCACCUGCUGGGUUCCCCGGCCAGCCCCCGGUGCCACACUGGCCUGGUACCUCAACGGUGAGAAACAGGAAGUCAACCUCUCGACUGCAGACACUGCCAGCAUCCUCACCCUCACUGGCCAGCGCUCCGACCACCAGCUCAACUGCUCCCUGACCCUCCCGACCUCCAGUGAGACCUACAACACCUCCAUCCUUCUCAAUGUGCAGUAUAAGCCAGAGAUCCUGCAGGAAGGUGCCCACUACCAGCAGGUUGAGGGCGCUGGCCUUCUCCUGGUGCUCUUUGUGCUGGUGCAAGCCAACCCGCCUGCCAGCACCACCUGGGUGGACCAGGAUGGGCAUGUGAUGGCCAACACCUCCAAGUUUCUCCUCCUGGGUACCACAGGCUACCCAGGGCUGGCCAACCAUUCACUCCGCAUCCAUCUCAGCUGCACAGCUGGAAACCUCUCCAUCAGUGCAGCCAACAGUGUGCCCAUCACCACUGCCUCCCUCCUGCCCACAGGUCUGCUGGAUGCCCGUGUGGAGCUGCCUGUCCUGGGUGUUGCCAUUGGAGCAGCCCUGGCCCUAUCUGCCCUGCUCAGCCUGGGCUCCUGUGCUGCCUGCAUGGCAUGCCGCUUGCCCAAGCUUGUGCGAGGUCCAGGGCAAGCAGGAGGGAACAGCCAGUGCUCCCAUUGCAGCAGCUCUGAGCCCCCACAGCCCCAGGGCACACGUCUGCCCCGCCAGACCCAGUCCCUGCCACCCAACCUGCGCCUCAGUGACCUUGCACAGGAAGAUGGAGCUUCCCCCAAGGAUGCAGGAGCCAGUGCUAGGGGAGAAGAACGUGCCCUGCUGGGACUGGAAAACUCCCUGGUCCUCAGCAGGCUUGGUUUUGUCCAGCUCCCAGUGUCUGGGCGCAUCUACAAAGUGCCCAGCACGAGCAGUGACGAGAUCUGGCUGUGAGCUGCAGCGUGGUGCCCUUGGGCCAGGGCUGCCUGGCACCAGGCACGUGCCAGCCCCCGGGGCCGAGCAGCUGAGGGUGCCAGGAAGGCCGUGAAGGGAAGCAGCAGCAGCUGACCAGCCCCAGCUCUGGGAGCUCCACUGGCAGCCAAGGCAUGGUUUUAUGUAGUCCCUGAACUUCACCGAUAUUCUGUUAUAACCAAAAUGCAUCAAAACUGUUUAUAGCCAGGCUCCAGCACUGCGAUUCCUCUUGGGGCAAAGCCAAGCACCAGCUUUGCUUUAGCAGAUCUGUGACUUGCUGCAUGAUCCUCUUUGCCCCUGUCCCUGCUGCUGUGGCAGACAGGUGGGAGGUCAGUGGAGCAGGGGCUGAGGAGAGCCCUCCCAACAGCAAUAAACUGAAUUCAAUCA